AAUUGAAUUCAGCUGCAGCAGAAAAGUCUUGCUUUAAUUAACUGAAAGGGACCCUGUAUUAUUAUUUUUUAAUUGAGAGGAUUAGUCGUUUUUAGAGUGUAACAUUGUGAAAUUUAGUAUUAGAUGUAAGCCUAGUAUUUCAUUUAAAAAAAAACAAAAAACAAUUUAUGUUUAUAAGUUGACAUUUAAGUGUGCACCGCUUUCUUGCGCAACCUAACUGUUCAGUGCCGCUUUCAAUGAGUCAAAUUGGAAUCCACUAGAAAAAAAUAUGAACUGGCUUAUAGUUGCGUUUGCUGUGUGCGCUCUUGUGCCCAGUGUCCACUGCGCCUCAGACGCUAUCGCCUGGUGUUAUGAUCAGCCAAGCUGCAAUGACACUACCUGGCCAGUCAUUGCUGCUAAUUAUUGCAACGGCACUCGACAGUCGCCCAUUAACAUCGUCUCAUCAUCUGCCGAACCUGACUCCAGCCUGGUUGCAUUCACCUUUAAUAAUUACAGCAGCACCUCCGCCCUAAAAAAGAUCGAAAACACCGGCAAGACAAUCAAAGUUGCCUUAGGAAGCGGUGUUGGGAUCUCAGGAGGAGCCCUGACCGAGGCCUAUGACAGCCUGCAGUUCCACUUGCACUGGGGUAAUGGCAGCGCUUUUCCCGGUUCCGAGCACACUGUGAAUGGGAAGCGAUAUCCCAUGGAGCUGCACAUUGUUAACAGCAAGUCAUCCUAUCAUGGGAACACGACUCAAGCCAUUGCGGACUCAACAGGACUUGCUGCUCUUGGUUUCUUCAUUGAGGAAAUGGCAGGUGAUGCAACUGGACAACCUGAAAGCUGGCGCACACUGACCUCCUACCUGGCCAACAUCACAGAAAGCGGCCAGACUGCUACAAUUGCAUCUGGAAUUUCACUGGAUGAUCUCCUGGUUGGAGUGGAUCGCACCAAGUAUUAUCGUUACCUUGGCUCCUUGACAACCCCAACUUGCAAUGAAGCUGUGGUCUGGACAGUGUUUAAGGAUACAAUCAAAGUCAGCAAAGAUUUGAUUGACCUCUUCAGCACAACACCGCACGUCUCCAACAGCACAUCACCUCUUAUGAUAAAUGUCUACAGAAACAUCCAGCCAGCCCAGCCAGUCAGAACACAGGGUACGUCUACGUCACAGGCUUCCACAACCUGCUACUCUCUAGGGCUGAUUGCCCUGAGCCUUGCACUGGUGAGAGGUUAGAGCCACAAAGGGGGGAAAAAAGCAUUGUUGUGGUAUCUCAGCAACUUAUGGUGCAGAUUAAUCUGUUUAGUAAUGGGAAUACACUUUUUUCACCACCAUCAUUCAUCGCCUUUUCCACAUGAUUUAUAUGACUUUAGCCAUCUCCAAAUUAUUAAUGAUCAAAUGUACCUGUAUGCGCUGAAUACUACAUGUCAUUAGUGCCUUCAGUUCAGUAUGCACAGUGUAUUACAUCAGUCUUUUCACAUGUUGCAAAACUGAGCCUCAACACCAUAAGAACUUUGCUGCUCCCAAUGUAGCUCUCUCUCUCUAUAUAUUAACAUCAUAUCAUGACAUGCUUAAAAUGCAUAUUAAUCAUAAUGAUGGCUGCCUCUGCUCUAAUAUCAAUCAUAUUGUUUUCAGGGGUGUGAUAAGUUAUAAAGAAAUAUUUAUCCAUAAUCAGAUUUUUAUCCAUGUUUAUGCGUAUGCUUGCACUAUUUGCAUACUAACUAGAAUUUUGCCUUUUGUUGGUAGUAUGAACAAUUCAGGCACAGCUCAUGUCUUUGGGUUGAGGUGCCUGGAAGAAGGUGAUGUACUUUGCACUAGGUUUACUGAUCACUUGUAGCAACACUAGUUUAGAAAUCCAUCCAGCAAUAAUCUCAGUGUGACAGUGUUUAGUUACAUUAAAAUCUGCCUUAAUGUUGGCAUGUACCUGUCUGAAGAGUUUCUACCAAUAGUUGUUGCAGAAUAUGGUAAUGUUAUAUUUUUGUAUUUUUAGAUUGUAUAGUACCUGAUUAGCUUUUAUUUGUGCUCAUUCCCUGACGUGUACAUCGGUGCAGAUACUCAUUGCCAAGCUGGACACUCAAAAUGGAACUUGUGCUACCUCUUGCAGUUGGUGUAGUGAAGGAUUGUCACUCAAUCGAAUGAACACCAUUAUUUAUCAGUUUAGUCCUGUGUUACACUAUUUGCACAUGAAACAGAACUGUGAACUGUUGAUCUUGUUAAAUGUCUGUAAAUUAAAAUUAUUUGUCAAUUA